AUGCCUGUUGAGCUGUUCUCCAACAAUGCUAACAUUAUCAUGCCAGCUUCGAGAAAAAACACUGACGAAGAAUUACAGAGCGAGUCAAACCACAAGGCGCAACGGGCGUGUCAGCAACAGAAAAUGGAGCUCAUCAAAGGCAAAGCUACAGAAUUGGAGGCUCAAGAACGUCAGAAGGUGUAUCUGGAGGAAGAAAGGAAAAAAUUGGAGGCUCAAGAACGCAAGAAGGUGUAUCUGGAGGAAGAAAGGAAAAAAUUGGAGAAGACCAACGCGUGUUACAAGGAGCAAAUACAGCAACUUGGUAUUAGUAUUCAACAGUUAGAAGCCGAUAACGCACAUUUGCUCCAGGAAAACCAGAUUUUGGAGGAAGUGAACAAACUAUCUUACAGUGCAGGAUAA